AUGGCCAAAAAGACGACAAAAAAAGAACAUAAGAAAGCAACAAGAAGUCAUAACAAGAGGAUACAUAAAGCACUUGAUUCAGAAAAUAAUACUGAAGAUCUAAAUAGUCAACUCAAAAAACUGAAUCUAUGCACAAAGGACAUUACAGGUGACGGCAAUUGUCUGUUUAGCAAGUCCAAUAUAGCUAAAUACAAAAGAGCAUUAUCAGAUCAAUAUUAUGGAAGAGAUUCCAAACAUAAAGUGAUUAGACAGGAAAUAUGCCGGUACCUGAAAGAGAAUGAAGAGAUCUACAAGUUUUUUGUCGAGGAUGAUCAAUCUUUUGAUAGUCAUUUGAAUAAUAUGCAACAAGACGGCACGUUUGGGGGGAAUAUGGAGUUGGCUGCUUUUGCCAAGUUGUAUAAAGUAGACAUCAAAGUAUAUCAACCUGGCUUAAUAGUAUGGUUUAUUCAUCUAAGUAUUAUUAGAUAUGUCAUAAAGGGGGUGGAUGAAGGAGAAGAAGAAGAAGAAGAGGAAGAGUCAAAGCAAGUGUUGCAUAUAGCGUAUCAUGAUUGGGAGCACUAUAGCUCGGUACGUAAUGUAGAUGGACCAUUUACGGGUCCACCUGAGAUUAAAGAAGAACGUGUUCAAAAAGAACAAGACGAUGAAGGAAAAGAAGAAGACGUGCUUGACUCAAAGGAAAAAGUUAUAUUAAAUGCUUGUCCGAAUGUGUCUACCUAUAUGAUACGAAGAAUGCUAAAGAAGUAUAAGGGGGAUACGGACAAAGUGAUUGAUAGAUUUUAUGAAUUAAGAGUGACUGAAGAAGACAAAGAUAUUCAUUUGAAAGAGAGGCUUGAAAUCGAUAACGAUGGUAAUGUUGAACGUUUACCGCUACCAGAGCAAGGAGAAGAGGAAGGCGAGGAAAAAGACAUAAAAGAAAAACACAUAAAAGAAAAAGAUAAGGAAGAAAUAGAGAAAGGCAAGGAAGAGCCAAAAAAAGAAAAAGACAAGGAAGCAGAUAAAGAAACAACUGAAAAGGAAAAACCAAAGAAGAUAUCAGCGAGUGAGCGUAAAAAGGAAGCGAAAAGAAGACAAAAGGAAGCAAAACUCAUGAAAGAGCGUGCCAAGGCAGCACGUCGAGUACAACGAGAAAAAGAAGAAGAGAAAUCAACGAAUGAGCCACAAACGAUGAAAGAGUUGUGCAUUUAA